AUGGAGUUUCCCCAUCUGCUGCCAAGAAGAGCAGCCUUAGAUAGAAUAACAACUGGGAACGUCCGCAAAUACUUCUGUCAUUGCAACAGAUAUCUCCAUGCCUGUCGACUUGGCCUGAAUAUACAACAGGCUGCAUAUGCUUUCAAGAAAUACAUGUCUCAUCAUCGCAUCCCUGUCACUGUGUUGGACAAUCCAGAAAUUGUCCUGCGGGGUGAUGUGGCAGUGUCUAACCCUACCCAAAAUGGGAAUUGA